AUGGCUCGCCGCUCUCCCCGCCUGGCAAAGAAAUUCACGGAGUCCGCCUCGGGCGAGGUUGUGGGCCUCUUCACCGCGUCUCGCUCAGCGGCGCCGAUGGUCUCGUGCGAUCAGGUCACGCUGCUUGCGGGCAAGGGGAUCGAUGGCGACCGCUACGCGACAAAGCUUGGCUCCUACUCGGCGCUCAAGUUCUCAUCGCGGGAGCCCGGUACUCGCGAGCCUGGGCGCCAGCUGACGAUCAUCUCUGCCGACGGCAUCGAGAGUGCGCUCGAGCGGGCGGGCCUGCCGCCGACCUCGGCAUCGUUCGGAGAGUUCCGGCGAAACAUCGUCGUCCGAGGCAUCACCGGCGAGCAGCUUCUGAUGGCGCAGGGCUCGGCACUCCGCCUCGGCAGUGGUGUUGUGUUUCUUGAGGCCAUCUUCGACGUCUCCGGCGUGUCCUGCGAGGUGCUGCAGGGCGGCGUCGUGGCCGUCGGCGACGCCGUCUGCCCGGAGCCCGCCGACUCGCCCGCGCACGCCACUGUGCGCGACAUCGGCUCCCAGCCGCCGGGCUACUUCGUCCGGCCGUCCAAGCGGACCGCUGGCAUGUUGCGCGGCGCGAGCUUGCACAUGGCAGGCACACUCGAGCGGGUCAUGAAGGACGACCCGGACGGCGCUGUGCGUGUGGAGGCGGCGUACGAGUCGGUGGGGCUCCGCUUCUGGCCGGCUUCGAGCUGGGACGCGGCAGCCGUGCUCCGCCGCCGCCGCCAACGGCGCCAGUCCCUUGCUGCCUGCGCAGCGAUUGCUGUCGCGCUGGCGGCGGCGGGCGUUGCCGCGAUGGCGGUGGGCGUUAUCGCGAUGAAGCUCCAGGGCGACGUGUGA